UGCAGCGAAAACAGAAAUCUUACGAAUAGUGCGCAAUGUGAAACGCAUUCUCAGGCCCAGGUGAAACGAAGUAUCGAGGAUUAGUCUGACAGCAGCUGGAGUGAAUGGAGAGAGGGGUAUCGGUAUCAGGCGGACUUGAAAAAAAAAUAUUCCUUCAAGUCGGUCAAUUAAAGAUAAUUUAUUAGGAAGGAUUUACCAGUUUCUCAGGCUGGAACUGUGCCCAACAACUGCUUUAAGAGUGAUGCUGAAGAAUAACGUGAGCUGAGCAGGACCCCUGAAGAUGAAGACCAGAAACAGUACUACCUGGUCACACAGCGAAGUUUCGAAAACUCAAACUUAAUCUUGCGCACAGGAUGAAAUGAGAUAAACAGUCUUCGAGUGCAGGCCCCUGCUUUACGACCCCUAAGCAUGGCAGGACUACAGCUCGUGACCCCCGCUUCCUCGCCCAUGGGACCCUUCUUCGGUCUCCCAUGGCAACAGGAGGCCAUCCAUGACAAUAUUUACACACCAAGGAAAUAUCAGGUUGAACUUCUUGAAGCAGCUCUGGAACACAAUACUAUCGUUUGUUUAAAUACUGGCUCAGGGAAGACCUUUAUUGCAGUACUCCUCACAAAAGAGCUCUCCCAUCAAAUCCGGGGAGACUUCAGAGAAUGUGGGAGGAGGACCAUUUUCUUGGUGAACGCAGCAUCGUCUGUGAUCCAGCAAGCAGCUACUGUCCGGACCCAUUCGGACCUGCAAGUGGGGGAGUAUACCAGCCUAGAGAACACAUCGUCAUGGACGGAGGAGAAGUGGAACCAGGAAAUGAUCGAAAACCAGGUGCUUGUUAUGACAUGCCACCUCUUUCUGCACGUUCUGAAGAAACGAGUCUUGCCACUAUCAAAAAUCAACCUGCUGGUGUUUGAUGAGUGUCACCUUGCAAUCAUGGAUCAUCCCUAUCGGGAAAUAAUGAAGGUUUGUGAGGGGUGUCCGAGCAGUCCUCGGAUCCUGGGUCUGACGGCCUCCAUUUUAAACGGCAAAUGUGACCCGUCGGAGCUGGAGGAGAAGAUCCAGAACCUGGAGAGGAUCUUGAGAAGCACCGCAGAGACUGCUACUGACCUCGUCGUCUUGGAUAGGUAUGCCUCACAGCCUCGUGAAGUGGUGCUGGACUGCGGGCCCUACUUGGAUAAGAGUGGGCUCUGUGAGCGUCUCCUGAACGAGCUGGAUGAAGCUCUGGGCUUUCUCCACGACUGCAACGUAUCCGCCCACCGCGAGGACAGGGACCCCACGUUCAUCUCCAAGCAGGUGCUGAGCGAUUGCCGAGCGGUGCUCACCGUGCUGGGGCCCUGGUGCGCGGACAAGGUGGCGGGUAUCAUGGUGCGGGAGCUGCAGAAGUACAUCAAGCACGAGCAGGAGGACCUGAACCGCAAGUUCCUGCUGUUUACAGACACUAUCCUGCGAAAAGUCCACGCGCUCUGCGAAGAGCACUUCUCGCCGGCGUCCCUGGACCUCAAGUUCGUGACGCCCAAGGUGAUCAGGCUGCUGGAGAUCCUGCACGAGUACAAGCCCUUCGAGAGGCAGCAGUUCGAGAGCGUGGAGUGGUACAACAACCGCAACCAGGACAACUACGUCUCCUGGAGCGACUCGGAGGACGAGGACGAGGACGAGGAGAUCGAGGUGAAGGAGAAGCCCGAGGCCAACUUCCCCUCGCCAUUCACAAACAUACUGUGCGGCAUCAUUUUUGUGGAGAGACGGUACACGGCGGUGGUCUUAAACAGGCUUAUAAAGGAGGCAGGAAAGCAGGACCCUGAACUUGCCUACAUUAGCAGCAACUUCAUUACCGGGCACAGCAUUGGCAAGAACCAGCCUCGAAACAAGCAGAUGGAGGUUGAGUUUCGUAAACAGGAGGAGGUUCUUCGGAAAUUUCGUGCCCACGAGACCAACUUGCUCAUUGCGACCAGUAUUGUGGAGGAGGGAGUUGAUAUUCCAAAGUGCAAUUUGGUGGUUCGAUUUGACUUGCCGACGGAGUACCGCUCGUAUGUUCAGUCCAAAGGGAGGGCUCGAGCGCCGGUGUCCAAUUACAUUAUGCUGGCUGACACCGAGAGAACAAAAGCAUUUGAAGAGGACCUAAAAACAUACAAGGCAAUCGAAAAGAUCCUGAGGAACAAAUGCUCAAAGUCGCCAGAGAGCAGCGAGUUCGAGCCUGUGGAGCCAGUCCUGGACGACGACAAUAUCUUACCUCCCUACGUGCUGCGCUCUGAAGACGGAGGCCCCAGGGUCACCAUCAACACGGCCAUCGGCCACGUCAACAGAUACUGUGCGAGGCUACCCAGCGACCCGUUCACACACCUGGCCCCCAAGUGCAAGACUGCGCAGCAACCGGACGGAGCUUAUAGAUCCACGCUCUAUCUUCCCAUUAACUCCCCUCUCAGAGUUCCAGUCACUGGGCCCUCAAUGAACUGUGCAAGACUAGCUGAGAAAGCAGUUGCUCUUCUUUGCUGUGAAAAGCUACACAAAAUAGGUGAAUUAGAUGACCAUUUGAUGCCAGUGGGGAAGGAGACUGUAAAAUAUGAGGAAGAGCUGGAUUUGCACGAUGAAGAGGAGACCAGCGUGCCAGGCAGACCAGGGUCAACCAAGAGGAGGCAGUGCUACCCAAAAGCCAUCCCAGAAUGUCUUCGGAACAGCUACCCUGUGCCAGAGCAGUCCUACUACCUGUACGUGAUCGGGAUGGUGCUGACGACCCCUCUACCUGACGAGCUCAACUUCCGGAGGAGGAAGCUCUACCCUCCUGAAGACACCACCAGAUGCUUCGGCAUCCUGACGGCAAAACCAAUACCUCGGAUUCCCCACUUCCCGGUGUACACGCGCUCGGGCGAGGUGACCAUCUCCAUCGAGCUGCAGAAGUCGGGCUUCACCCUCAGCGCGCCCCAGCUGGAGCUGAUCACCCGCCUGCACCAGUACAUCUUCUCCCACAUCCUCCGCCUGGAGAAACCUGCACUGGAGUUCAAACCCACCCAGGCCGACUCCGCCUACUGCGUCCUACCUCUCAACGUGGUGGAGGAUUCCAACACUUUAGACUUGGACUUUAAAUUCAUGGAAGAUAUUGAAAAAUCUGAAGCGCGUAUAGGCAUUCCGAACACCCAGUACACCAAACAGAACCCGUUUACUUUCAAAUUGGAGGACUACCAGGAUGCUGUCAUCAUUCCAAGGUAUCGCAACUUUGACCAGCCUCAUCGCUUCUAUGUAGCAGACGUCUACACUGAUCUCACACCACUCAGUAAAUUCCCUUCGCCAGAAUAUGAAACCUUUGCCGAAUACUACAAGACCAAGUAUAACCUCGACCUCUCCAACCUGAACCAGCCACUGCUGGAUGUGGACCACACAUCCUCAAGACUAAACCUUUUAACUCCUCGGCACCUUAACCAGAAAGGAAAAGCGCUUCCUCUCAGCAGUGCUGAGAAGCGGAAGGCCAAAUGGGAGAGCCUGCAAAACAAACAGAUUUUGGUUCCUGAACUGUGUGCCAUCCACCCGAUCCCUGCCUCUUUGUGGAGAAAAGCGGUCUGCCUUCCCAGCAUCCUCUACCGACUUCACUGCCUUCUGACGGCCGAGGAACUCCGAUCUCAGACGGCCAUUGACGCCGGUGUGGGGGUCCAAACCCUGCCGCCAGACUUCAGAUACCCAAAUUUGGAUUUCGGGUGGAAGAAAUCCAUCGACAGCAAGGCUUUCAUCUCAAGUCCCAGCUCCUGCACGGAAGACGAUUACUGUAAGCACAGCACAACUGUAGCCCCUGAAGAUGCUGCCCAUCAAGGUUUUCAUCCUGAGGCCUCCUCACCACACGGGGGCGCCAUUGCAUGUGUGAACUGUGACCCUGCCGGUGAGGAUCCGGAGCCUGCCUCGCUCCCCGGAGAGAAGCACGGCCUCACCCGGGGCCCGGACCUCGCUAACGGCACGGCGGACGACACCAGCGACCUCGGCGGACGCGACCAUUGCCAAUGUUCCCCGCUCGACUCGCCCAAGAGCGAAAUAUCUGUACAAAGCACUACCUCAGUUCACGUGCAGCACUCUCGGAGCACUGAGAACCAGCCCCAGCCCAGCAUUGAAUGUACUCCAGGGAGCAACUCACACUUUGACGGACACACGACAAAACCUACCUCAGAUUGUCGCCAGGUGGUCGAUGUGACAACCGGUUCGGCACCUUCAGACGUUUCGAAAGCGGCGGUCGCCCCGCCCAGCGGCGACUCCCCGAAAACCCUGGGCCCCAACCCCGGCCUCAUCCUGCAGGCCCUGACGCUCUCCAACGCCAGCGACGGUUUCAACCUGGAGAGACUUGAGAUGCUCGGCGACUCCUUCCUCAAGCACGCCAUCACCACCUACCUGUUCUGCACCUACCCCGACGCCCACGAGGGGCGUCUCUCCUACAUGAGGAGCAAGAAGGUUAGCAACUGUAACCUCUAUCGUUUGGGGAAAAAGAAAGGCCUGCCAAGUCGAAUGGUGGUCUCCAUCUUUGAUCCUCCAGUGAACUGGUUGCCCCCUGGAUAUGUAGUUAACCAGGACAAAAGCUGUACUGACAAGUGGGACUCCGAGACAAAAGGGGACCCCCUGGCCAACGGCAGAGCCGAGGAAGACUACGAAGAGGACGAAGAGGAGGGAGACGAUGUGGAGGAGGACGAGGAGCUGAUGUGGAAGGAGCCCAAGGACGAGGUGAACAUGGAGGACGACCUGGAGUACUACCAGGAGCACAUCAACUUCAUCGACAACAUGCUGAUCGGCUCGGGCGCCUUCGGCAAGAAGAUCUCCCUGAACGCCUUCCCUCCGGCCGAGCCCAGCUACGAGUGGAAGGCGCCCAAGAAGCCCAACCUCCCCAACGCGCACUUCGCCGCCGACGGAGACGAAUUCGACUACAGCUCCUGGGACGCCAUGUGCUACCUGGACCCCAGCAAGGCGGGGGAGGAGGACGACUUUGUGGUGGGCUUCUGGAACCCCUCGGAGGAGAACUGCGGCACGGACACGGGCAAGCAGUCCAUCUCCUACGACCUGCACACGGAGCAGUGCAUCGCAGACAAGAGCAUCGCCGACUGCGUGGAGGCCCUGCUGGGCUGCUACCUCACCAGCUGCGGGGAGCGUGCCGCCCAGAUGUUCCUCUGCUCGCUGGGCCUCAAGGUGCUGCCGGCGGUGAAGAGGGGCCCCGGAGACGAGGCGGGCCGCUCCAAAGAGCUGCAGUACGGCUGGCUCAAGAUCCCGCCGCGAUGCAUGUUCGACCACCCGGACGCCGAGAGCACGCUCAACCACCUCAUCUCCGGCUUCGAGAACUUCGAGGAGAAGAUCAGCUACACCUUUCAGAACAAGGCCUACCUUCUGCAGGCCUUCACUCACGCUUCGUACCAUUACAACACCAUUACAGAUUGUUACCAACGGUUGGAGUUUCUUGGCGAUGCAAUUUUAGACUACCUCAUAACUAAGCACCUUUAUGAAGACCCGCGGCAGCAUUCACCUGGCGUCCUGACCGACCUGCGGUCCGCCCUGGUCAACAACACCAUAUUCGCCUCUCUGGCCGUCAAGUACGAUUACCACAAGUACUUCAAGGCCGUCUCGCCCGAGCUGUUCCACGUGAUCGACGACUUUGUGCAAUUUCAACUGGAAAAGAACGAAAUGCAAGGGAUGGAUUCUGAGCUUCGCCGCUCUGAAGAAGAUGAAGAGAAAGAAGAGGACAUUGAAGUUCCCAAAGCAAUGGGAGACAUCUUUGAAUCACUUGCUGGUGCAAUUUACAUGGAUAGCAGGAUGUCACUGGAGACCGUUUGGCAAGUGUAUUAUCCAAUGAUGAGGCCACUUAUAGAAAAAUUCUCUGCUAAUGUCCCUCGCUCUCCUGUUCGGGAACUGCUGGAAAUGGAACCGGAGACGGCCAAGUUCAGCCCUGCGGAGAGGACGUACGAUGGCAAGGUGCGGGUGACGGUGGAGGUGGUGGGAAAGGGGAAGUUCAAAGGCGUGGGCCGCAGCUACAGAAUCGCCAAGUCUGCCGCAGCCCGGAGGGCUCUGCGCAGCCUCAAGGCCAAUCAGCCUCAGGUCCCAAACAGCUGAGCCCUGCCUGGACCAGCCACCGCAGGUGACCAGACACCAACCACCACCACCAGUGUAUCGCUCCAGUCCUGGAAAACAGUCAAAGAUUGGCAAACACCAGUAAAGUAAAAUAAAACAAACAAACAAACAAAAAAAAAAAAAAAAAAAAAAAAAAAACAGAAAAUAAAUGUUCACUUUGGGUUUUACUUUUGCGCAAACACAAUCUUUUCUUCAUUUCUUCCCCAGCUUUGUUUAAUCACGAGAGUGCUUUAUUAACAUUAGCAAGUGUUCUGAAAGAAAGGUCAGGUCUCGCUUUGUUCGGUUUUCUUUCCGUUUUAUUUCUAUCGAGGCUCUUUGUUGUGUUAGUGGGUAAAGAGGUUUAUGCUUAAGUAGAUUUAGAUUGUACAUAGUUAAAACAAAGGUAUAAACUGAAUAAUAAAACGCUAAAUUCCUCAGUCUGUGCACUAGUGCCAGGUUUAAAGCAGUUUAAAACGCUGUGGCAGACGAGCUGGGAGGAGCCCAGGGGCAGAGCCAGUGUUCCUCCAUUUUGACAUCUGUUGUCUUGAAAUGGCAUACUUAAUCAUUAUUGCACUUGUUUUAUUAGGGUCCGUUUUGUUUAGGCUUGAUUAGAUUGUGAGCGGUGAACAUUUUGUCAUAUGCACACCAAAUCAUAAAAUAUAUAUAUAAAUAAAUAAAUAUAUAAAUAUAUACAUAACCAACUACUACAGGAAAUGCGUUUUAACACAAAAUGUGGGGCUUUUUUUGCCUUAAAGAGAAAAACCCUCCUUCAUAUAUCUCCUGUAAGAUGGAUUUCAACAUUCCCAUUGACUGUAGUGAUAGUUGUUUUUGCAGCACUCGAGGAUGCAUGCUUGUGUAGCUGUGUAUUAUAAGCCAGCCGGAUGGAUUAUAACAGCAUUAUAGAGCUACCAUAUGGCGAGGGAGAAAGAGAUAUUCAAUGUCUAUUAUGACUUUACGUUGACACUUGGGUUUCAGUAAAUGUCUUUUGAUACCGAGAACAGUUGUGUUUUCAAUUAAUGGUCAUAAAAGAGCAUUAAAUGUCUCCCAUUGACUGAACUAUUUAGUUUUGAUAAAAUAACAAUAGAUGACAUAUCACCUGGGAAAUAUGCUGCAGAUUUUGUAAGAAUUGGAUACUUCUAUAGGAAGCGAAGCACCUUUACACUCUAGUAUACGCAAGAUUCUUAUUAAUGUCCUCCGAUUGCAUUCAUACUUCACUUACCAAAGUUGCCACCAUUGACGUGCUGUAGGGUUGCAUGUGUGAAGUAAACCGUCAGAAUUCUGAUUUAUGGAUCUGAAAACCAGCCUUUGUUUUAGUUCAGGCUCAUUUGUGACAUAGCUUCUUUUGUUUUUUGUUUUUAGCCUAAAUGUUUUUUGUUUUAGUAUGAUUAGGCUCUUUUCACUUGAAUACCUCAGUUAUUUGCAUGCAUAUUCUUUUUUUUUUUUUUGGUGCUAUGUUUUAUGUAUUAAGCUUGAAUUUCUCAUCUUUUUUGCACUGUAACUAUAAUACCUCUUUAUUUUACCUUUAAAUCUGUUGGUUCGGCUGUCCUUCCCAUCAGCGAUCAGUCUGUAGAGGUUAGCUGCAAUUAUUUUUAUUUUUUUUCAUUUUCCCUUUGAUUUAAGCUUGAAGUUUUUGGGGAAAGCUCUGAAAGGCAAUUCCCUUCACAUAAACCUGAGGUAGGCGCUUCUGUUUAAGCUUAAUCUUUCUGUGCAAAGUUGUCUGUGAUGGAAAAGGGUCGCUUAACGCUCAUUUAGGAAAACCGAUUGCAUUCUGCAUCUCAUAAGGGCGUGUCCAUGUUGAAGAAAUUCAGUUUAAGAAAACCCAACCUAAAAGACAAACCCUCCCAAAAAGAAUUAAUGCUGUGCUAUAAGUUCUUCCCAGAUACACACAGGACAACAUGCCUCAUUGCCUCAUAAACAAAUGUCUAAUUUAUUGCUUCCAGAGCCAAAUUAAUUUAGACAAGAUAUUGUCCUGCCAUGCUCAAAAUAAUGAAUUAUAACUUAUAUGGGGCAUUUUUUAUUUUUGCAUUUUUCCUGGUGAGCUUCUGGUAUUAUUAUAUGAAAUGCCUGGUAGGACUUUAUUCUUGGCCGAUAUAUGGCAAAGUCUAGAUGUUCAAGGGUGCUGCUACCUCAGAACACACUGCACUCUGUUCAUUGAUUCUUACUAUGUCUUAUUUAGAUGUAUAAAUAAAAUUGUGCUUAUUCCUGGACAAGACUGCAAUUUGACAAAUAUUUAUGGCAGUGUCUCAAAAUACUGUAGUCUUUUUUACUGUGAUAUCCAUAUUUUGACAUAUUUAUUACACUUUGCACUAAAUCAACAUUCCCACAGAAGUAAUAGUAAUGCACUUAUCAAUGACAUAUAUUUUUGACAGUAGAACAUUAAACAAAACAGUGCCUUUUGUCUUACUAAAUCCAAGAUAAAUCUCACGGCUGAUUCUUAACGUUUUUCAGCAAUCCGUAAAGAGCCAAUUUGUGUGUGUGUGCACGUGGGUGAGGAGUGUAUGUGCGAGUGAAAGAGAAUCGUUCAGGUGCCAUACAAAUUACUGUGUAUUGUUAUUCGACAGCAAUGUACGUAACAUAAUCUUAUAUGAAACCGCCUGAAAACAGAUUCAACCGAUUCCCUCAUUUUUUCCCGCCAAUUAUUCUGGAAAAUAUAAAGCAAAGUGGGAGUUGAAACUCGACCGUGCGUUUAUCAUUGUUCAGGUGACCUUGGGUUGUCAUUUGGUCAGUGGAUUCAGCUACUGUUUAUUGAAAUAAAAAUAUGUAUCAAAUUUUACAUCAAAUAUGGUUGCAAUCUGGUUGCCUUUCCUGAGUUUGAGUUCAGCGACCCUUCUUGCAUUGUUUCAUGGAAUCUUGUACAUUUACAACAAGGAACUCUUGUAUGUGUGUUUGGGUUUGACGUUUCCCGCUCUGUAACCGCUGAUAAAAUGAUACCACGUGAUGACCUCUUGCCAGUGUGUGAUGGAAACAUCAGGAAUGAAUUGUUCAGACCUUGAUAUUCACACUGCCUGUAUCUGUACAUUUUACCCUCAUUUAUAAGCAUCAGUUUAACAUUAAUUUAAGAUUUGUAUUUUAUUUUCCAAAUCUCACCGCUGGGCAAACCCAUCUUUAUGUUGGAUUAUUUUCAGUAAUAAUUGUUUUUGGGGAUUAUGUUAAAAGAAUGUGAAAUCACUUUAUGGUGCCACACAUGCAUACACGUAGUGAUUUUGUUUUUCUUUUCUGAGAGAAAGAAGAAUGAAAGGACUGUAUCACAUUAAAUUGACAUUCAAGCCAGAAAAUCCUUGGAAUGAACCUCCUCCAACAUUGUUUGAUAAAUAACCAUGAUUUAUCAUCGUCUGAUUUUUAGAUGUAAGGUAGUCCUCUUGUACUUGCUGCAGACUCGAUUUAACAGUUUCGUACUGGCGGAUAAUUGUUUUGUUCUUGUUUUGUUUGCUUUUGUUUGUACAUGUAGCACAAAUAAGCAUUGCACUUGGGCACCAUGCUUUACCUCAUUUCAAGAGAAAAAUAUAUAUGAUGCCGUUACGUUUAGAGGAAUGACUUGUGGUGUUGGACUUGCUGCUGUUUCAAUUGCUGGUAUUUUACAAUUGUGUUUUUUUUUUGUUUAGUUUUUUUUCUCUUAAGAAAAGGUGAUUUAAAAGAUACAAUGUGCCUGCAGGUUAUCAUCUGUUAAAUACACUGUAGAACAGACGUAGGUGAUCUCAACAACCUGGGUUAAAAUAUACGCAUUGUGUAUUCAAUGAUGUCCUGCCUUAAUGUGAUACUUUGAAUAUUGUAAAAAAUCCCCUCAAAAUAGUAAGUCCUGUCACAUUAAUGACUUAAGUCAUCUUCCUUUUUUCAAGGGGGUGGGGUUUCGAUUGAACUCGACUUGUUCCACAGGUGGCAGCGGAUCUUUUUGUGGAACUCCUCCACCCUCAUGCUUUAGGUCAGUGAUGUUUUUUUUUUUUUUUUUUUUUGUCUCAGUGAAGCCAUUUGUCAGCCACUACAGUUCAAAAAGGGCUGGUACAUCGGAAUAGCAUCACCUUUUUUUCCCUUGGGUAAAGAACAUAAGCUAAAUUAGAAGGAAAAAAAAAAAAAGCCUUGGAUCUCAGAAAAUACCUUAAAAACAAAUGCACUCAUAUCAGCAGCAAGUUGCUCUAUAGGGAAGCGGGUUUGAAAUGUGCUUACGGCAGUGAGUUUGUGAACUUUGGUCCCAGCCGAUAGCUCCAGCAGAAUGGAAUGGGUUAUGUAUCGAUAUAAAUGGGGAAUUAUGGGCCAUCAUAUCCUGCAGCAAUUUUUAAGGGACAUGAAAUUCUUCUCAUUCAUACUGUAACUGUGCUGCAGAGGUUUGCGGUCUGCACCUUAUGGAUCACAAAUACCUUUAAUAUUCUUUUCUUUUUUGUAACAAUUGUAGCUGAAUAUAUCUACAAUAAAGUUAUGGUAUGGUCGUUCA